GUUACGAUGCCUGGUAUGGAGUGGCACAUGGUUGUACRAGAAAACUGGGGAUGAAGAUAUGUGGGUUCCUGCAGAAGAACAACGAUCUGGAGGAAAGGAGCGGGAUCGUGAGUUCCUUCAAGGAGCGCGCGGCCAAAAACCUGCUGUCCUCCUGCGACAACAGCGGAGGAGACGCGCGCUUCAGACGCACAGAGAUCGACUUCUCCAACCUGUAUGCCCGAGAUCUGUUACCUGCUAAAAAUGGAGAGGAGCCCACCAUGCAGUUCCUGAUGGAGGUCGUGGAAAUCCUCACCAGCUACAUCAAGAAGACCUUUGACAGAACCACCAAGGUCCUGGACUUCCACCACCCCCACCAGCUGCUGGAGGGCAUGGAGGGCUUCAACCUGGAGCUCCCGGACCAGCCCGAUUCUCUGGAGCAGAUCCUGGUGGACUGCAGGGACACCCUGAAGUAUGGCGUGAGGACAGGCCACCCCAGGUUCUUCAACCAGCUGUCCACGGGGUUAGACAUCGUGGGACUGGCGGGAGAGUGGCUCACGUCUACAUCCAACACUAACAUGUUUACCUAUGAGAUCGCCCCUGUUUUUGUGCUGAUGGAGCAGCUGACGCUCAAAAAGAUGAGAGAGAUCGUUGGCUGGCCAAACGGAGAGGGCGAUGGGAUAUUUUCUCCAGGAGGAGCCAUUUCCAACAUGUACAGCGUGAUGGUCGCCAGAUACAAGGUCUUCCCUGAAGUCAAGACCAAAGGCAUGGGAGCCGCUCCGAGGCUGGUGCUCUUCACCUCUGAGCUCAGCCACUAUUCAAUCAAGAAAGCGAGUGCAACUCUGGGUUUUGGAACAGAGAACCUGAUCCUUUUAAAAACAGAUGAGAGAGGRCGAGUCAUUCCUGCUUAUUUGGAGGCCAAAAUAAUCGAGGCCAAGCAAAAGGGUUAUGUCCCCAUGUAUGUGAACGCCACCGCAGGCACCACCGUGUACGGAGCCUUCGACCCCAUCAACGACAUAGCAGACAUCUGUGAAAAGUACAAGAUUUGGCUUCACGUGGACGCUGCGUGGGGAGGGGGUUUGCUGAUGUCCAAGAAACACAGAUACAAAUUAAAYGGAGUAGAAAGGGCUAACUCAGUCACCUGGAACCCUCACAAGAUGAUGGGCGUGCUGCUGCAGUGCUCUGCUGUUCUGAUCAGAGAGGAGGGGCUUUUACAAGGCUGCAACUCCAUGAGCGCGGGUUACCUCUUCCAGCCAGACAAACCAUACGAUGUGAUGUAUGACACUGGUGACAAAGCCAUUCAGUGCGGACGCCAUGUUGACAUCUUUAAAUUCUGGCUCAUGUGGAAGGCAAAGGGAACAGUAGGAUUUGAACAUCAAAUCGACAAGUGCCUGGACCUGUCAGCAUACCUGUAUGAGAAAAUAAAAAACAGAGAGGGCUUUGAGAUGGUGUUCAACGGAGAGCCGGAGCACACYAAUGUCUGCUUUUGGUACAUACCACCGAGCCUGCGCCACCUGCCUGAUGGUGAGGAGAGACGCGAGAGACUGCACAAGGUGGCCCCAAAGAUCAAGGCGAUGAUGAUGGAGGCGGGUACCACCAUGGUGGGUUACCAGCCACAAGGGGAUAAAGUCAAUUUCUUCCGCAUGGUCAUCUCCAACCCUGCUGCCGGCAGGUCGGACAUCGACUUCCUGGUCGAGGAGAUUGAGCGGCUGGGCCAAGACUUGUAAAAAUAAUCUGUAAAGAGGGUGUUUUCCAACUUAAAAGGACAGUUCAAAUCUUCUGAAGUAAGACACUGUGGAAAGGUUAAGAUGAGUUAUUUGACUUGCAGAUGGCUCCUUUAACAUCCUCACUUUGGAGAGAUAGUUUAAUUCUGACCAGCCUGACAGCUAGUCAGACAGAGGUUGAGCCUGAGCUGAUAACUUAAAAUAACUUCAUUCUCAAAGACUUUACAAAWGCAAAAACUACAAACAGUUACUUUACGUGUUACAAGAAAAACGUUGUGAUUCUUUGCAACCUCAAAAAGCAACAGUGAUAUGGCAUUUCUUGCAGUACAUGUUAAUAUAGAAAAGUCAUGCAAUGUAAAACUGAAAUUAGUGAAAAUGUUUAGAACAGUGUUUGCAUAAAUGCCUAUAAUUUUCUUUUAAUUAGACAUUGGAAACCACAGGAAGCCACUUUAGUCUUGGCCUUGUUCUGACUAGCUGUUAUCUUUCUGAUCAGAAUUAAACUAUUCGAAAAGCUAUCUACAACAAGUAAGAAAUUUAUUGUUCAUACCAUUUUUACCACCUCAGAAGAUCUGAACUAUGAGCCUUUAGCUUGGCUUUCUGUUCCCUUUURUCUCAUGAAGGCAUAAAUUUUUUUGCCAACAGGUCUUUAUGGCGAUGCACAAUGAAUAUUAUUAUCAUUAAACCCUGCGUGCUUCUGUCUCCCUCAGUCCCUAGCAGCAGCGAUGUAUAAUGAAAACAUUGGCAAACCAGGAUAUCUUGGGAAAAGCAAAGACCAAUCACAUUCUUGUUUAAGAGUAUGUGGGACUAAACCACAUAAUUUAAAGAGUUUGAACACAUGAUCCUGUUUAUGUAGAGUAGAUUUAAAUCUGUUUCCAAAACAGUGGAGAUGUUUGUGGACCAGUUAGAACAGCAUGAAAAAGUAAUCAAAUUGAAUUUCCCCGGUUAAUAAAAGCCAGCAGAGAAAUCAAAGAUGUUAUAAUUUUCACAGCUUCUCUGAAAACAGACACAAAUCUGUCCUGAAUACCACAGAACUGCCACUUCUAUUAAAAAAUAAUAAAUGAAAUAAAAGGUUUAAAAAGGAUUUGGAUGUAAAGCACUCACACUUUUUGGAAACAGGACAGCAGAGAGUAUAGCCAGUGRCAUUUAAAUAUGCUCCACACAAUUACCCCCUAGUGUAAACACAAAACUGCAUUAAUAUGAACACAGUAUGUAAUUCUAAGUAUUUGUAUGUUGAUUAUGGAAGAAUCGCAGCACCGUUGCUGUUGUUUCCCUUAGAUUUGCGGCUGAAGGCGGAACAUUUAAAACAGUCUCUGUUAGUGACUGCCAUGUUUUUAGACUUUUCUGUAGAUUGUUGUAAACAUUGUUASAUUUUGUGUCAAAUGUGUCCUAAUUUUACAGUAAAAUACUUCAUGUGAAUCAGCCGUUCAAAAUUUAUAUUGAGAAAUUAUAAUUGUGAAUAGUUUCCUUGUUCUGCUUUUAAUUUGUAACAUUUUCUUUUCAUUUUUUUUCUUUUUGGAAACUAACAUUUUGAAUACCAGUCAUGAUUUGUUUUGUUUUUUUGCUGUAUUUGUGAACCAAAGAAGGCUUGAGUUACAUUCAUGGACUCAAAUGUUUCUAUAAAARAAGCUUGAUUUGCUGCCUUUAACUUUAGUGCAAUUGUGUAACUGUGCAAUGAUCAAAUGUUGUUWAAACACUUUGCUCUGACACCGGCAGGCCAGCUGCUGCUGCUGUUCAUUAAAGAUAAAAAGCACAUUUGUAUAUCAUGUUAAUGGGGCAGCUUUAAUUCUUGGCACACCUGAUUGUCUGAACCAUGACGAGUAAAGUGGAGUGAAACCACAAUAUGCAAAUGUUUGUUGGACACAACAAGCUUUCUAUAGGCACAUUUCAAUGUUUAGAGGAAAAUAAAAAUAUUAAUCAUUAAGCCUUUUGCUUGAACAGGAAAAUGCACAGUAUUGCAAUUGUAUUAAGAUUUAUGAAACAGUUGUAUAUUCCAGAUUAGUUGGGAUGAAUUUAUCCUAUGUAGCGUUUAUCAUUGGCACCUUAAUAGAGCUAUAAUCCUGCUGUAAAAAUCUAAUAAAGACAACAUCUGCAGGCACAA